AUGGAGGAAGCUUACUCUAAAUCAGGAUGGGGAUAUCAUAUCGCCAUAAGUGAUAGUGGAAAAGAAGUUGUCAAAUUUGGCAUUCAGAAAGAAGGAAGUGAAAUCGUUGGAUACCUGACAGCGUACGAAAUCAACGGAAAUGAAGUCUCCAAAGCCUCCGAACGCUCAUAUAAAAUCGAUGCAAAUUAUAUACAAGGAGCUUACGACCCGGAGUCUACUAUGCCAACAUGGAGUCUAGCCAUAUCCAAUGCGAAUAUAAAUAGAAAGACUUUAAUUGCGUUUUCCUAUUUUCCAACUAAAAAAACUCAUAAAACAAAUUCGGAUUUAGAAUCUGGAUGUUCUUCUAAAAAAAGGACGUUCGUACUUAGCCUUGUACCGAAUAGGAGCGUACAUUCGCAAGAUCGCAGCUCUACGUACGUGCUUGUGAUGGAUCGUAAUGAUCCCGAUAAAUGGAUAAGGAUAGAAACGCCAUUAGAUGAAGUUGCUGGAGUAGUUAAUUUUGCAUCGGACCCUGACUCGAAUAUGUGGCUACUGACAGUAUCGAAUGAAGGAGGAAUAUUUCAAUACAAUAUCGAUCCGGAGCGUACAGAACCAUACAAAACCUUGGAUGAAACUAGCGUAUGGCAGCGUGAUAUCCCGAGGGCAUACAAACACAAUAUGAAGGAUAAGUGGAAAGGCCUACAUAGCAAAGCUUACUUUCAAUUUUUAGCAAGGACGAUCAAGUCACAUGUGUACUUUGAACCUGAGCCAAAGAAGAAAAUGCUUCGUGUGUACAAUCUACGUGAUGGGUGGCACCUUUUCGAUCUCCAUCACCAUGGCGAUCCGAGUCUAAUUGGCUUUGAUACGCCAGUACUGGCAAUAUCGAAAAAUGGCGCCUUGUUGGCAGCUAGUCUUGAUACUACGUCUAUCAACGUUUAUCUGAUGGAGAAUGGUUUAGAGUGCGGAAGAAACGAUGCAACGAAAUCGCAUAGAAUAGUAUUGAUUGAAUUCAUCAAUAAUGACGAAUGCUUACUAAUUAUCAGAGAAUCUAAAGAGACACACGAACUAGUGGCUACUAUAUGGGAGUUAUUCACGUGCAGACCCGACAGACCUAUAAAAAAAAUCAAUUUACCAGAUUACUUCUUUUAUAAAAGACCGAAUCUUUAUGGCGUCAGAUGGGCUGGCAAUACGGCAGUUUUUGUCACAGACAAAGGGGAUCUAAAAUUAGUUCUCGACUGCUUUGAUCCAGAAGAGGAGAAAGUCAGUGGAAGAGAGGACCCGCCAAUUGUGGCCGACAAACAAUUAGAGUAUUCGACUGUAUAUGAAUUGGAUGAAAAAAAAACAUAUCGCCUGCCAGACUUCAGAUCGACACAGCUGAUAAUACGUAGGAUAGAACCAUGGAUACCAGACGGUAAUAAGAUAAUAGGUGUAUGGCUGGAUGAAAGUGAGGAAGGAGGUCGGCGACAACUUCUUAUCGGAAGGAAUUCUGUACAAAUAUGGAAGCGCUUACCGGACGGUAAACGUCUAUUAUCGUACAUAUAUGCGAAUGAGGACAUCGUAACCGAUCUCAAGACAGAUCCAAAGGUCACUAUUACUAUUUACAAAGAUAGGUUCGAUCUCACAAUCGAGCGGGAGAAUGUCUUUCCGGGGGACUCAAAUCGUGUCUUACGCAUCAAAUGGCCAAUUGAUCCUAGUGAAAUAGUUUUAGAUGCAUGUAAAGCCCUUGAAUGGUUGGAUAAGAAGAAGGACAAAAACUAUAAGCACGAGAGACGCAUAUUGUUCGAUGAAAUCAAACAUCAAAUUACCAAUAUUGUUCGCAUCUUUAUUAAACGCCAUCCUGAUGAAUGGAGUUUACUCGAAGUGCGACACGACUUGAUGAAGUCUUUAAUCAUUGGAGGGUGUUCUCGCCUGACACAAGACUUGAUUAAAGUUAGUGACGGUGAAAAUAAUGAAAACAAUGAAAAUGAAAACAAUGAAGAGGAACAUCGUCGUCGUCUGUUUCACAUUCCGCGAAAAUACUCAUGGGAUAAUGAUAAGAAGAAUACUGAUAUAAUGGUGGUCAUCGAGAAAAACGACAAGUUGACCGAGAACUUUCUCGCGUAUUAUGCUCAUCAUGCCAAAAACCAUUAUGGUUGGAUGCAUACAGUAGGAGGAGCUCUAUCGGCGUUAUCCGAGUUGGAAUCAUCUAAAGCAGACAACCUGGAUAUUCCUAGGAAGAGAUUGUUGGCUUAUCCAACGUUCGCCGGAGAUUCAUUACAUUCUCAUAAGCAUCCUCCCACGGCUUACACAACAAUUUUUCGAUCAUCACCAGAGAUUCACGAUGACUUGGAGCCAUUAUCGAGAAAUGACGUAAUUGCAAAUUUGAGACACACCCAUUUGACUAAAGCAGAGGGUACGGCGCUAAGGGUCAAGUUGCGAUUUGAUCAAUUUAAGCGACGACUCAGGGACGUUAAGCUUGCAACUAUAGUAAAAGUCAUGCUUAUCCCCUUCUCGUUUGCUUUGAGAGCCGUCGCAGCUAUAUUUGACAGAGUAAGGGAUCCCGAGACACGUAUAAAUACUGUGCGUCGUAUUCCGGUACCAGUUGACACCGAUGUCGUUAAGAUUCUACAAAAUGCUGUGGAUGAUGAGGAUAGUGAAAUAUUUUUUGAUAAUCCGGUCGUUUCUGGCCUUAUCAGUUAUGCAUGGGAGGGCGCAUCUUAUCUCUAUUUCGCGUUUUUGAUUAUGUUUUAUUCUUAUUUGAUAGUCUUUGAUGUAUUUAUAUGGCAAUACAUUCAACAAAACAAUAGUCAUUGGUUUAUAGUUGUAUACCUCUUUGCAAUUGGGGCAUAUUAUGCAUUUUUUGAAGUGACUGAAAUUUACAAUAAUAAGCGAAAAGGCUUGACGUUCUACAACGCAGUCAACGUAUGUUCGUUUAUUCUUCCUAUAAUAACAACUGCAGUCUUGACAAUCAAAGCAACGCGUGAUGACGAUGGGACGUGGGGAUUUAGUCAGACAGAAAUAGGCAGAAAUAUUCUCUUCCUAAUUUCCAUUACUACAUUCAUCAUGUGGUUCCAAUUACUGUUGCUUCUAAGACCAUUUGAAGCGUUCGGGCAUGCCAUGUACUUGCUUUUGCAUGAUCCAACGCAAAUUGGUUUGUCACCAAACGUUCUACAACUCGGUGUCAACAUGACAACUCCUAAUGGCGACGUCGAGCAGACGAAUUUUACAGUGUAUCAAAGUUACAAUUCGCACGACGUGUCUGACAAUAGUUUUGCAAAUUUCUGGACUUCCGUGUUAUCCUCUUACAACUGGAUGAAUGGAAGAUGGGAUAAUUUGGACUGGAAUUACUAUGCAGUUACAAUCUUCACCGUCAUUGCAAGCUUGCUUCUAGUUAUUAUUAUGUUAAACAUCCUUAUUGCCAUCAUGGGCGAUAUAUACGCGACUGCCAAGGUAUUCGGGAAACGAGAAAUCUUGAGAUUGCGCGCAAGAUUCGUGCUAGAUACAGACUACGUCGGUAACAAGGCGUGGAGUACAUUAUUCCCCUCGUAUAAGCCAUCGUCGCGCUUUGAAGAUGUCGUAAAGAAAAACCCACGAUAUAUGUAUGUUCUUGGUAACCGUCGGCAAUUCGAACAGUGGGUUGAGGAAGGGGAGAAAUUUCGAGAACUCACCAAACCGCAAGGGAUUCAAGAAAAACUAACUGACCACAGUUGGUUUAAGUUGGAGGAUAAUGAUAAUGGAUGA